UGGCCCAUCGGACCGUGACAUGUCGCCACCCAUGAAUUAUUGAAUAAAAUUGAUAAGUGAUCGGUUUAUACCUAUAUUUGUCCCCCAGCACUGCUGUAUCGUUUAUCCUAACUUUUCUAGAAGUCUCUUCGUACACAGUUAGCAGUCGUUUUGAUUUUACGUUUCUGUAUUAAAUCACAUUUAGGAUCACUCUUAAAGCCUUGUUCAGCGCCGAAGGAUCUGAAAUCUUUUCUCUGCCGAUAAAAUUGAGUUCCAUUCUGGUGCCUAUGAUGGCUUUUUCUGCGCAUGCAACUCUUACUCCCAAAGGAUUUUGCUACAUGCCUGCAAAAGUCAGUGUUUCCAGCUCGGUCUCUAUGGUGUCCCUAAAUUUGAGGGCACCCGGAAAGAGCAAUAGGUUUUUGUGCAAUGGUGCCCCGAAAUUUAAGGGCACCCAGGUGAGGGAGCAGAAGCUGUCGGAGCUUAUAGACGAGAAAGUUAGCGAAGCGAAGGAAGUGUGCGAGGGAAAGGAGGGCUCUGAUGAAUGUAAAGUGGCAUGGGACGAAGUGGAGGAGGUCAGCCAGGCAAAGGCUCACUUUCGCCAGCGCGCGCAGAAAGAGGAUCCCUUGGAGGCUUAUUGUAAGGACAACCCUGAGACCGAUGAGUGCCGAUUGUAUGAAGAUUGAACUCUGCAGAUUCAAUGAAAAUGUUCUCUUUUAUUUUGUGAAUAAUUGUAAGGAAAAAAUAUUGAAUUAUUCAAGGGGAAAGAACAAUGUUGGAUUUUUUAGUGGGAAUAUUUAUUGUGUAAGGGAAACCGUUGUUGUAUUUGAAUAGAUGUACGGUUAAACAUAUGGCGGUGUUGGGAUUAGGGUUUUAUUUUGAGACGCAUUAUUUUUUAUUAUUGUUGUGUUACGGUUUGGGAAUUCUAUGAAUUCAAGGGUUGUUGGUUAGAUUUAGGACGUAGAUAUAUAUAUGCGCACGAAGCAUAGCUGUUGUAUGGAAAAUUACGGUUUGAAUGUUAAUUCCCGCAUUUAUUGUGA